AAACAAAACACUUGACCAUUUGGAGCCUCAGGUCUUCAUUAGUCAAAUAAAAACAUUGAACUAAGGCAGGCUUUUUUCAACUCAAGGGUACAAAUAAUAAUAUAGAGUUGUUACUUUAUAUCCUCUUCCUCAUCAUCAUAGCAUAGACUAUAAAUAAUAGUAGAGUUGUUACUUUAAAUCAUAGGUUUUCAGAAAAGAAUGAUGAAAUGUUGAGAAUAGUCUUGCAUAGUCCAUCUGCCUGAAGAGCUUAAUGGUGAGGGCUCUCAAUUUGUAACAUGAAAUAGUUAAAAUAUCUUCUCAAGUGGCAACAGUAUAUGAAGUGACAUGGUCAUGGGAGUGAAUGCGAAUCGAUAGCUGUGGCUACGUGAAUCAUUGCUUAUCAGAAUGGUUGAUAUCAUAUAAAUGAAUAGUUUAACCCCUAAAUGCCAUAGUCAUUCAUCUUUUCAGGCAUGAGGUGUACAAGGCCUUUUAGAAAGAAUGUUGCGAUUGACUCCCUGUCUGCAAACUGUCUUUAGAAAAAAAGAUAUGUAAAUUACAGUUUAGGAGGAAUAUUCAUUUGUGAGAUCACGGGCUUGGAAGGCAGGCUUAUUGGAUUUCUCGUAUCUAAAUCAUAGGUGAUAUAUUAGCUAAUUAAUUAAUGAGCUCUGACUCAGAUCAGUUUUGCUUGCCAGAGUUACAUUUAUUUAAUGGGCUUUCACGUAGAAAAUGAGCAUUUUGGCAGUGAGAAAAAAAAAUGCACAAAGAUCUGUGUAAUUAUAGUGGAUGCCUGUGUUGGGUUCUGAAGUCACUCCUUCCUACAGUUCAUGUGAAGCACGUACUGCAAGACGAAGCAUCUGACAAUUUGGAGGGUGGUUGUGUAGUCCGGGGAAUCCGGAGUGAAUUAAAGUCUAGACUCUGUAAUUUUUCAGGGGAAAGGGAGGAGGGAGAAGUCGCAGAUCAGAUAUGCCCAAAGUGAUACGGAGGCAACCCUGAAGCAGGGAUGCUGCUGCCAAUCUGCGUGGGGAGGAAGGCAAUAAUGGCAGAGCAGCCGCGGGAGCAGCCGCGUUCUCCGAGGCAGUCACAUAAACACCAUCAGGAGUAGGCCUCCUCUUGCAAAAAAGCAGGAGCCUGCAGGCUUGUGAGAUGCAAAGGUUCUCUGCUGUUUGAAAAGCUCCCCAGUUGAGAAUGGCUACUGUCAAAACGUUGCCAAGAAACUCUGAUGAUCCGGACAGUCACAAGUGUAAGUUAGCAAGAGUCAUUUCAGGAAAAUAAAUGAUACUUUGGGUACAUUUCUGGUCAGUUUCUUCCCUGAAGAAGAAGAGAUCGGAUUCCCCGAAAAAAAGAAAAAAAAAAUAGGGAAAAACAAAGUUUGGGCAUGCUUGCAGAAAGAGUGGUGUCUUUAGAAACUACCUAGGAGGCAGAAGCUAAGUGUUGAUUUGCCCAUGCUUCUUACCUGGGAGUGGAAGGUGGGGAGAAAUGGACAGUGGCUCUGAUGAGAAGAGGAGGCACAGUGCAGCUCGGUGAAACCACACGCUGACUGCGUUCUGCACGGCUCUUCAUGCGGUGCUGUGGGCUGGUGCAUCGGAGGCGAGCACGGGUGUCCUAUGGUUCGGCAGACUCCUACACCAGCCGUCCAUCCGAUUCAGAUGUUUCUUUGGAGGAAGAUCGGGAGGCAGUGCGCAGAGAAGCAGAGCGACAGGCCCAGGCCCAGUUGGAAAAAGCAAAGACAAAGCCCGUUGCAUUUGCAGUGCGGACAAAUGUCAGCUACAGUGCUGCCCACGAAGAUGAUGUUCCCGUGCCAGGCAUGGCCAUCUCAUUCGAAGCAAAAGAUUUUCUGCAUGUUAAGGAAAAAUUUAACAAUGACUGGUGGAUAGGGCGAUUGGUUAAAGAAGGCUGUGAAAUCGGAUUCAUUCCAAGCCCAGUCAAGCUAGAAAACAUGAGGCUACAGCAUGAACAGAGAGCCAAGCAAGGGAAAUUCUACUCCAGUAAAUCAGGAGGAAAUUCAUCAUCCAGUCUGGGUGACAUAGUACCUAGUUCCAGAAAAUCUACACCUCCAUCAUCUGCUAUAGACAUAGAUGCUACUGGCUUAGAUGCAGAAGACAAUGAUAUUCCAGCAAACCACCGCUCCCCUAAACCCAGUGCAAACAGUGUAACGUCACCCCACUCCAAAGAGAAAAGAAUGCCCUUCUUUAAGAAGACAGAGCACACCCCUCCGUAUGAUGUGGUCCCUUCUAUGCGACCUGUGGUCCUGGUGGGCCCCUCUCUGAAGGGGUACGAGGUCACAGAUAUGAUGCAAAAAGCACUGUUUGAUUUUUUAAAACACAGAUUCGAAGGGCGGAUUUCCAUCACAAGGGUCACCGCUGACAUCUCACUGGCCAAACGCUCUGUCUUAAACAAUCCCAGUAAGCAUGCAAUAAUAGAAAGAUCCAACACAAGGUCAAGCUUAGCGGAAGUUCAGAGUGAAAUCGAAAGGAUUUUUGAACUUGCAAGAACACUGCAACUGGUGGUCCUUGAUGCGGACACUAUCAAUCACCCAGCCCAGCUCAGUAAAACCUCUCUGGCCCCUAUUAUAGUGUAUGUCAAGAUUUCUUCUCCUAAGGUUUUACAGAGGUUAAUAAAGUCUCGAGGGAAAUCUCAAGCAAAACACCUCAAUGUCCAGAUGGUGGCGGCAGAUAAGCUAGCUCAGUGUCCUCCAGAGCUGUUUGACGUGAUCCUGGAUGAGAACCAGCUCGAGGAUGCCUGUGAACACCUGGCCGACUACCUGGAGGCCUACUGGAAGGCCACCCACCCUCCCAGCAGCAGUCUCCCCAACCCCCUUCUCAGCCGCACUUUAGCCACCUCCACCCUGCCCGUCAGCCCCACGCUAGCCUCCAACUCACAGGGUUCUCAAGGGGAUCAGAGGACGGAUCGCGGGGCUCCGGCCCGCUCUGCUUCUCAAGCUGAAGAAGAACCCUGCCCGGAACCGGUCAAGAAAGCCCAGCAUCGCUCCUCCACCCAGCACCACAACCAUCGCAGCGGCAGCCGAGGCCUCUCCAGGCAAGAGACCCUGGACUCGGAGACGCAGGAGAGUCGCGACUCCGCCUACGUGGAGCCCAAGGAAGAGUCCUCGCACGAACACGCGGACCACUACGCCCCGCCCCGCGACCACAACCACCGCGAGGAGCCCCACGCGGGCGGGGAGCACAGACACAGGGAGGCUCGGCACCGCUCCAGGGACCGGGAGCAGGACCACAACGAGUGCAACAGACAGCGGAGCCGCCACAAAUCCAAGGAUCGCUACUGUGACAAGGAUGGGGAGGGGGCGUCCCGGAGACGGAACGAGGCUGCGGACUGGAACAGGGAUGUUUACAUCCGCCAAUGACUCUUCUGCCCUUUCUGUGUUGUGUUUUUUUUUAAGUCUUGUAUACCCACCACCCGCCCAACUCGAUCUUGAGGAGGGGGGUGGGGGUCUACAUUGCAAUCAUAUGUGAUUUGUCUUGUAUAUUUUGUACUGCUGUUGCUUGGAUAGCAACAGCAUAAAAUAGAGUAUUAAUUACACUUCUUUUUUUUCUUUUGUAAGUGCUCUAUCAAUUGGCCUGGAAAGACUGCAGGCCCCCGGUUGUCUACAGAUCCUUGAACCCCAUCUAGGGUAGCUGCCACUCGAACAAAAUCUGUUGUUGUCUGAGUGGCGUUCGUAUUUUAAGAAGCAUAGCUGAUGUUUUCGAAAAUGUGGUUGAUGUAUCCAGUAGGCCAGAACUGGCCCAGAUAAAAAGUGGAGUUUCCUGAUUCUUGCCGAUUUUUUAAUAUGUAGGCACCUGAUUUGCAUAUUCAUCCAUGGACCACUGUUUCUUGCUUGUACCUCCGGCUGACUAAAUUUGGGGACAGAUUCAGUCUUGCCUUACACAAAGGGGAUCAUAAAGUCAGAAUCUAUUUUCUAUGUAUUAGUAUUGUGUACUGUAUAGACAGUUUGUAAAUGUUAUUUCUGCAAACACCUUCUUACAAUAAUUAUAUAUAUUAUAUAUAAUAUAUAUAUAUAUAU